GCCGAAAUGAAUCAGAAUCUGAGCAGUGACUCACCGCUUCCCGAAAACAGGAACUGAAUUCGAGCCCAUUACUGGAACAAACCUCAACGAAAAGCGUCGAUUGAAGUCCGAAUAAUGUAAAUACAAAUAUUUUUUAACACGAUGUUAAUACAGGUUUUUACAGAUAUCCACCGUCAUUUGUUUGCACUGUUGAUUUAGUCUCGUUGUGUUUUCGUUUUAAAGCUCUUUGAAUCAGUUUGUUUUAGAAGGGUCCAGAGCACAACGAACUAAACUUUACUGUUCAUUGGUGUGAUGGAGACAUCAGUGUGUGUCUGAUAAUGAUGAUGAUGGACUCAGAUCAGAUCUCCGCAGGUUUGGAUGGAGGUGUUCAGGUCUCUCGUGCUGUUGUCUCUGAGCUCUAUAUCAGGCUGUCUGCUCUUACAGUGCUGUUCUGUGUGAGUCUAUUAUGUGGGUUCAGUCCGCUCUGGGUCAUGAGACGAGCACUGCGCUUCACCUCAGAUCCAGGUUCUCGUCGGUACAAAGUCUUGAGUCUGAUGUCCAGCUUUGCCUGUGGGGUUUUUCUGGCGUCUGCACUGUUGGAGAGGCUUCCCGGCUACCUGGACAACAUGACAAAGACAUUCAGUCGUCUUGGGGUAACGCUUCAUUUCCCCUUACCUGAGUUCAUUCUGGCCAUGGGAUUCCUGGUCGUCUUUGUGGUCGAACAAAUUUUGCUGGCUUUCAGAGACCAACCGUGCGAUCUGUCUUAUGAGAAGGAAGCUCUGCUCAACUCCGGUCUUCAGCGUUGGGAACCAGAUGCUCCUAAACAUCUCUACCAACCUCCAGGCAAAGUCUUCUGCAGGAGACGACCAUCAGCGAUGGAUGGAUUCCGUUGUACAGAGGACGCAAGAUCGCACGCAGGUCUGCGUAUCUUUCUUCUGUUGUUCAGUCUUUGUCCGCACGCCGUCUUUAAGGGGCUGACCGUAGCAGAGCAGCUGGGCAGGGAGCGUCAUCUGGAGAUCCUGUUGGCUUUGGCUCUCCACGAGGGAAUCGUUGCCGUCAGCCUAGGUUUCCAACUGACCCGUUAUGAUCUCCGUCGUACGGUGGUGGCCGCCUGUCUGUUUCUCUUCUCCGUCAUGUGUCCAGCUGGGAUCGGGCUCACCGCCGCCCUGACUGAGAUGAAGCCGAGUCCUGAGCUCCAGCUCGUCCGCUCUGCAGUAGAGGGUCUGACGUUGGGAAUCUUCAUCAAUAUCACAGUCAUGGAAUUGAUUUGGCAGGAUCUGGGUUCUCCAAAGCAUCGUAUCCAUAAAGUAGCAUUUCUCCUUACAGGCUUUGCAGUCAUUACCGGUGUUUUGUUCUUGAAAACAUAAGGCUCAUUCAAGAUUUGUGGCAUUCAAGCUUCUAGUAGCUGGGGCUGAAAGACCCACACUAACCAGCUGAACCUUGAGGUUAUUCCUGUAUUGUCCUUUGAAUAGCUAUUUUUUUAUAAAUGAAUGACAGUCGUUCGUCCAGCACAUCCCUCUCUGUGCUGAUUUGAAUCUGGCCUUAGGGGGAUAUCACUGUUCAAUCUAAAGUCCCACAUAUGGGACUGUACUAUCUGUAUGCGUAUGGAAACACAAUCCCACAUGUGGCACGGUACCCCUCGAACGGUUAACUGCUCUGAUCGAUCGGACCCAGAUUGGUAUCGGUUGAUCAUCGCAUUAAAUUACUCAAUCGCUACUCGCUAAAUUUGCUAGAUCUUUCUAUUUACUUUUAUCAUCAUAGAGCUCCUGAAUGUGGCCGUAAUUUAAAGGCUGAUUGCAUAAUGUUUGAAAGCCAAUGUUGAUAUUUGAAAUCACCUAAACAAACACGCCCCUACCCCAAUAGAAUCUGGACCUUCUUUUGAUAAACCCGCCCCGCACAUACGCAACCCUGGCAAGGAUGUCGGUGAGUAGACACGCCCCUUACUGCUGAUUGGCUACAAGUGUGUUUUGUUAGUCGGACAGUGUGAGCAUUUUUACAACCUGUUGGUCAUCUGCAACCUGCAAAUUUGAAUUUCUCACUCUGCCUUUACAGAGAUAUGUGUAUUCUAUGAGGAUGCGUUUCGGUCCUAACAGCGUGACGCAUCUUCACAUCCCCAUCAAAUAGCAUAUACAACACAUAUCUAUCGUGUUACAUUACAUCUUCUUGCCUAAAGUUUAUUAUUUGCAUGCAUUUUUAAGUUUUGACCAUUUAAACUUUCAUUUUACCUUGUAGCUGUUGUCCACGGCAUGUACAAGCGAUGCACAGACACAGCCUGUCAUUCAUCAUGAGUACAGAGCAAGGAUCUCUCUACACUCUAAAAAAACAAACGGUGCUAUAUAGCACCAAAACUGUUGAUUUGAAUCGUAACCAUAGAAGAACCAUUUUUAGUGCCACAUAGCACUGGUGAAGCACCUGUGUAGCACCUGUGUAGAACCAUAUAGGGGCCAUAUAGAACCACUAUAGCACCAAAUAUGGUUCUACAUAGCACUAUAUGGUUCUACACAGGUGCUUCACUGGUGCUUCACCGGUGCUAUAUGGCACUAAAAACGGUUCUUCUAUGAUUACGAGCAAAGAACCACUUUUGGUGCUAUAUAGCACCGUUUGUUUUUAGAGUGUAAUGUCUUAAAGCUACAGUAACCUAAUUCAUUUAUCAAUAAUAUUGAAGAGAAAAUCAUUCUCUGCUUUUGACUGAAGAACUGUUACUUUAUAAGAAUGCGUUUAUAUUUACUUCAUACCUUGAAGACUGUGCAGUGUUUUAUUUUUAUAACUUUUAAUACACGUAAACCUUUUUAUUGGCAUAUUAAAUUGCUCCUUGUAGAAAGAA